AUGUUUGGUGAUAAAGCACUUGAGCUUGUGAAGGAACUUAAAAGAGCCAUGGAAGGGACUGUACCACCUUACAACGUGAGAUAUUGUUUACUUCUGUUUAUUCGUAAAUUGGCGGGAAAAAAUACGCACAGAACUUCCUACCAUUCAUCGAGACUUUAAAGUAGCUUUAAAGCUAAGCGUUGUGUUUUUUGCUCGGAAUUUUUACAUGUUAUGUUCGAAUGAUGUGAGACAAGUCGAUGUGCAGCAGUGAAAUGUUACAACAUUCUCUCAAACAGUACAGUCAUAUCAACAUGCAAAUCAUUUUGAGUGACUGGCUGUGAGAAUCUUAUUGAGAUGGUAUCUUUAAACUGCCGAUAUCUGUAUCGAUUUUUCCUCUCAUUCAAUACCUCAUGCUCAUUUCUUCCAACAAAUUUUAAUCUUUAAGAUCGUUUUUGUCAAUUAAACUAUAUUUUGGUCCACCUUACCUAGCUCGUCACAAUAAAUUUUUUGGUGCUCUCUUUCUUUUCUUUAUACAAAUAAUUUCAUGAAAUUGAAAUGAUUGAUUUUAUUUUAUUUUGUGUAUCAAAGGAGGAUUUGAUUAGGCAAGUCCUUGAGGAAAUGAAGAUUUUGUUUGAGCAGAACCAAAGAGAAGUGUGAGUAAUACCUGAACAAUCCUCUGAAAACUACCCCAUGUUAAGAAUCACAAAUUUGGAAAAUUCUAAAUUUGACACAUAUGAGAUUGUUACUAAUUGUUAAUAAAUCAAUCUACUCAGAAGAACCUGAUUUUUGAAAAUGGGAAUUCAGGGUGAUGAAGCGUUCUCAGAUUAGGUAUUGUUGUUUUGAGAAACAACUCUCUUUGAUUGUUAUUAUUACCUUUUCUUUCAAUUUGUAUGAAGGAUAGUUGGUUAUAUUUUCAUUAAUUCAGAGUAAUGUAGACUAUGACACAACCCUUUGUACUCCCAAGAUCUCAUUAGUAAUUCUCCUUACUGUCUACUAUAUAAUUCUUGUGAUGUUAAUUCUGAGAAUGUGUUAUUGGAUCAACUAAUAAUCCCCUAAUUUAUCUAGUUCUCUAUUCUCACUACUUAUCUCCUUAACAUUUAUUGAUUGUGUAAGGAGAAAUUCUCUCAUGGUCACUCAUGCAAGUAAAAGGGUUAAUAAGCAACUAGUUAAUCAGGUUAACAUGUAUCUAUUAAUUUGCUUACACUAAUUAAUUAUUUCAUUUCCUUUUCCUUUGUUUAGUGCACUAACAGUUGAGGGAGAAACUGGUUUGUUUUCUGGAGUUCAUCUAAGGCAUGCAAGUUUAGAGAGAAAUAAAAGAUGUCUUCUUUCUUACAUGUAAGUUAAGAUAUAAAAAUAUUAUCCAGAUUAAUCAAGUUCAUUCAGUGUUUCUGGGUAAUUUUGUUGUAUUUUUUUCAGGGAAAAUCCAGGGGUAACUUAUGGGGUAUUUUGAGAUCUAUGACAUGACUGGAUGGUUUUGAUAAAGAUAAAUCUAACCAUUACCUUUCAAAGAGGCUUUUUUUUUAGUGAAAUGUCUAUUACCCUGAAACUGAAACAGAGAUUUUACUGCUCAAGUUUAUGAGUUCAUAUUAAAAGCUUGAUGAUUUCUGAAACUCUUUUCAACAACAUUAUAAUAAUAUCAUCAAGAUCUAAUUAAUGUAUGCAAAAGCUUAAGCUAAUUUUUUGUACUCUGUAUACUUCUUUGUGUAAUUAUUUAGCUAUAAUAGGAUGUUGAGGAUGAAGGACCUCAGGUGGGAGUUUGGAACUGUUUUACCUGAAGACAUCAAAUAUAAUUUAUGUGAACAAGAGGUUGGUAAACUUAAUUUGAUAAUAGCAACUACAGGUGCUUACAGCUAUAGAUGUAGCAUGUAUUUCCACUUUAUUUCUGUAGCCAACUUUUUAAGCACUACAUAAAUAAACAAUUUGAAAAUUUUUUGAUACUUCUGAUUGAGAUAUUUACACAGGGAUGAAUUUUACUGUUUUGAUAUUCCUUCUUUUUUUGUAUUUCAACUAAUACUGUACAUGAAAAAAUUGCACUCUUCUGAUUGGCUAAAAAACGAGUACAUUCUCAUGUAACAUGUGCAAAGUUGUAACACAAGUGCAAAUUACACUUUCAAUUUCAUUUGUCUUGACUUUCUGCAUUGUUUUUUUAAUGUAUAUUAUUAAUAAAUAACAUGAUUUUGAGUACAAUUUGGUGUAAUGAGGGCUCAUACAUUUUUUAAAGACUGCAAAUUGCACUUGUCUUGCAGGCUUGUGCAAUUUUGUUGUCUUAAAAAAUUUACUUAUGCUUAUUUAUACCAAACUGCACUCAGAAUCAUGUCAUUACCUUUAUAAUUAAAUUUGUUAAAAUUUACUAUAGGUUCAGUGGUUUACAAAGUACAAUAAAUCACUGGCAACGUACAUGAGGACAGUUGGUUUGGACCUGACACAGGUAACGAGACUUUCCUUCCUUUGUAACAUAACUAAACUUUCAUUGUCAUCAUCAUUACUAAUUUGAAUACAAAGAGGGUUAAGGAGACAACAGUAAAGAGUGAUAGAAUUAAGACAAAUUGUUAUGCAAAGAGCACAGUGUCAUUCCACCCAGGAGCUUAGAUGGGUAGCAGCCAUUUGUCAGGGAAACGUGAUUAAAUGCUGGGGGAUAACCUUGCUAUGGACUGGCAUCCUGUCCAGGGGGGAGUAAUAAUACUCCUAAUUGCUUUAUGCUAUGGAAACCUGGAUAAGCUCCUGCCUACUGCCUAGUCAUAUUUGUGAAAGAUAAGAUUUCUAAAGAGUGGAAAAAGACCCCUAAAGGUCCUAACCCUUUAACUCCCAUGAGUGACCAAGACAGAAUUUCUCCUUGCAAUAUCAAUACAAUAUCAAGUAUACAAGUAAUGAGAACAAAAAAACAUAUCAGUCAAGGGAUUAUUAGUUGAUCCUAUACCAAAUUCUCUGAACUAACAUCACAAGAACUGUAUGACAGACAGUAAGGAGAAUUACUAAUGAGAUCUUGGGAGUGAAAGGGUUAAGGGAGGAACAGAACAUGGCUCUCAGAGGUCUGUCCUGGCACUUGUUUGUUCUUUUGAGAUCUGUGUAAGAAUUUUUAAGAAAGCUGACAGAUGCAUCUCAUUUUGAAUUCUUAACUGACAGGACAUGAAGCCACCAAAGUCACUUUACAUAGAGGUAUGCCUUAUUUUCUUAUCCAAAGUUAACUGUUUCUCAUAACUUAGGAGGUUCUUGUAAAAGUCUAAGCUUAUCACAUAGUUAAAAAAUAAUGAUUUGAAUUCUGCAAUGCAGGUGCGAUGUCUGGAAGAUUAUGGAGAAUUUGAAACAGAAGAUGGAACAGUUUUGUUAUUGAAAAAGAAUAGUCAGGUAGGAGGAAUUUUACUAAAUAAGGGUACUUAACCCUUAAUAGCUCAACAUCAAAAUGGAUAUUCUUCUUACUGUUCUCACUGAAUUUCCCAUGGUACUGACAGAGGAAUUUGUAUAUCAUUUACAAGCUUGAUUUAUUCAGUGAUCAUCUCCUUUAUUCUCAUGACAGUAAUGUUUUAUACAAUAGUGAUGCUGUAAAGAGAAGUUCAAUACUGGUCAAUGUUGGGGGUUAAAGAGUUAAUAUUGUUCACUCCUUUUGGGUGAUAGUCCAAUUUCAAAAUUGACAACAUUUUCUGGGGAGUAGUGAUAAUUUGAAUUUUUUGGUAUUAGUGAUUAGAAAACAAUUGUUUUAGAAUUGCUUGAUUCCCAUUCUUUUAUUAACUUGUAGAGCAGUUAAGUUCACAAAGCAACCAGGUGGACAAUCAGACAUAGUUUGAUGCUACUCUGGUUUAAAGAUUUAAUGAAUGUGACUGAGAAGUUACAAUCCAUAGACCUAACGUUUCAAAGCUCUUGCCUAGUGUCUUCAUAAGGGGUGAUCUAAUCGCUGCCACAAGAGGUCCUUUUAUACACUCACUAAUAAGCUGCCCUUUUUAUACCUCGUCAGAAAAAAGGCAGCUAAUUAGCGAGCAUAUGGAAAGACCUUGUUGCAGCAAUUAGAUCACCCCUAAUGAAGGCACUAGACAAGAGUGUGAAACAUUGGGUCUUUGAAUUUUAUUUUCCUGGUUACAUUCAUUGACUCUUUAAACCAGAAUAGCAUUAAACCAUGUCUCAUAGAGCUUUGUUUCCUUCCCUCAGCAUUUCCUGCCAAGAUCUCAUUGUGAACAUCUCAUCAGACAAGGAAUCCUUGAACAUAUUCUGUAG